CGCUGGACGAUACUAUAACGUAAGUGGUAGGGAUGAAUCGCAGCUGCUGAUUUUGCUGAAAAGUUCUCUCCGCAAGUAUUGAGACUUAAGAGGCGCGACGGUGAUUAAACAUUCGUGAUGGAGGUCUCGAUUCCGGCACCUUUGGACUUCAGUCUGGGCGUGAAACCUCAACAGGGUCUACUGAAAAUGCUCCAAAAUUCUGCCACGACCAGUGAUUCCAGCAGUGCCUUCCGGGUUGUCACACCGAAGAGUAAACGAGAAGAUUCAAAGUCACCAUCGGAAGUUGCAGGAACACCAACCAUUUCAACAGUACCGUGUUAUAACAAUAGACUAUGGAGCAAUGGAGCAAGCACAUUCCAGCGGCCUUCCCAUUUUCCCUCCCUAAAUCGGAAUAAGAAAAAUAACGAUGUGAUAAAUUUCGGAGUGAGCAGGCUCGUGGACAAAUGCGACGAGGACAGCAAAGACUCGUGGGAGAGGUUCAAGAGACUGAACAAUAAUAACAACAACAACAACUCAUCGAAGCAGUUCAACCGGAAUGAUGUCACAACGAUGACGGAGCGAAUGGGCUCCCCCUCCCCCGGGCGGCAGGACGAGCGGUGGUCGUCGGAGAAGACGCCAUCGCCGUGCUCGUCGCCGGAGCUUGACGUGGACGUUGACGUGGACGUGGAGAGUCCGUCGCCGAUCGACGUCACCAUGCGCACCCCCACCCCCACCCCGAGCCCCUCCCCCUCGCCCAAGCGCUCGCCGUCGCCGUCAUCGUCACCACCGGUCAAGAAGUCCGAGGCCUUUAGCAUGUCGGCCCUCCUGAAACCGGAUACUCCGCGGAGCCGGAAGUCAGACGAUUUUCCGGCAGGUUUCUCGGAGACCAUUUCCGUCACCAGGUCUUUCCUCUACCCCGGCCUCCCGUUCUCCAACAUCUUCCUCCGGGACGCCAAGGACCUGUCCCCGCAGUCUCAGAGCAUCAUCCCCAGGCACUUCCUCAGCCCCAACUUCGCACUGCCCAGCGGUUUGUACCCUUCCAUGCCCAGCAAAGACGAACUCCUCGACGCCAAUAGGAAUCUCCUAACUGGGAACUUGUAUCUGAGUCUGGGUGCUGCCGCCGCCGCUAUGGCUAAUGCUCCGGCCAAUGGUUUGCCAGGAUUACACGGCGAGAGCAACGGCAACUUCUCGCUGUCCGAGCACGGCGGCUCCCCCGUGACGUCAGAGUUCCUCCGACUGCGCCGCCAUUUUCUCUCCGGGGCCGGAGCGGGGGUGGGGAUGGGGGUGUCGGUGGGGGACUUGUCCCACCCGUCCGACUCGUACCAACCGGGCUCGCACCACCACCACCUCCUCAUGAACGGGGCCGACGGGGGCGUCUACUCCUGCAUCAAGUGCGAGAAGAUGUUCCCGACCUCGCACGGCCUCGAGGUCCACGCCAGGAGGUCGCACAACGGGAAGCGACCCUUCGCCUGCGAGAUAUGCAACAAGACGUUCGGCGCUGAAGUUAGUCUUAGUCAACACAGGUGGCUUUGCUGUCGAAGAUCCGUGCAUGCAGCAGAAAAAGUCUUCGAGUGCAAGCAAUGUGGGAAGACCUUCAAAAGAUCUUCCACACUGUCCACGCAUCUUCUCAUCCAUUCGGACACUAGACCUUAUCCGUGCGCCUUUUGCGGCAAGCGCUUCCAUCAAAAGUCGGACAUGAAAAAACACACAUACAUCCAUACGGGGGAGAAACCUCACAAAUGUCAGGUGUGCGGGAAGGCGUUCAGUCAAUCAUCGAACUUAAUCACGCAUAGCCGGAAACACACGGGAUUCAAGCCGUUCGCAUGCGAUCUCUGCGGCAGAGCAUUCCAGAGGAAGGUAGACUUAAGGCGUCACAAGGAGACGCAACACACCGAACUCCGGCCCUCUCCGUAGCUCCUGCCUCAAACCUGGACAGCCCCGCUCCCGGAAACCCUCACACACUGAGAAAUUCAUCUCUAGUGUUCGAAACUCAUAGGCGCCAACGCGCCAAAUGCGCCUAAAAAAUCGGUCAUGACGCCUAAAAAAUGAAAGCUCUGCGCCAACAUGGCCCCUAAAAAUUGCCCCCUAAAA